GCCGCCCUGGCGCACCUUCUGCCGGCCCCGGCCAUGUACAGCAUGCUGGAGACGGAGAUUAAAGCGCCGCAGCCCUCGGCGGGCGGCACCGGCGGCAACCCCGCUCCGGGGAGCACCGGCAAAGGCACCGGAGGCGGCGGGGCCGGCAGCGGAGCGGGAGCGGGCUCGGACCAGGACCGGGUGAAGCGGCCCAUGAACGCCUUCAUGGUGUGGUCCCGCGGGCAGCGGCGGAAGAUGGCCCAGGAGAACCCCAAGAUGCACAACUCGGAGAUCAGCAAGCGCCUCGGCGCCGACUGGAAGCUGCUGAGCGACGCCGAGAAGCGGCCCUUCAUCGACGAGGCCAAGCGGCUGCGGGCCGUGCACAUGAAGGAGUAUCCGGAUUACAAAUACCGGCCCCGGAGGAAGACCAAGACCUUGCUGAAGAAGGACAAAUACUCGCUGCCCGGCAAUCUGCUGGCCCCGGGGGGGGGCAACGCGGUGAGCAGCCCCGUCGGGGUGGGGCAGAGGAUUGACACUUAUGCCCACAUGAACGGCUGGACCAACGGGGCUUACUCGCUGAUGCAAGACCAGCUGGGCUACAGCCAGCACCCGGGCAUGAACAGCCCGCAGCUGCAGCAGAUGCACCGCUACGACAUGACGGGCCUGCAGUACAGCCCCAUGAUGUCCACGGCCCAGACCUACAUGAACGCCGCCUCCACCUACAGCAUGUCCCCCGCCGCCUACGGCCAGCAGCCCUCCACGGCCAUGAGCCUGGGCUCCAUGGGCUCCGUGGUGAAAUCCGAGCCCAGCUCUCCGCCUCCGGCCAUCGCUUCCCACUCGCAGAGGGCCUGCCUGGGAGACCUGCGGGAUAUGAUCAGCAUGUACCUGCCCCCCGGCGGGGAUGCCACAGACCCUUCCUCCCUGCAGGGCAGCAGGUUACACAGCGUCCACCAGCACUACCAGAGUGCCGGGACUGCCGUGAAUGGUACCGUACCACUAACUCACAUAUAA